AUGGCUAUCCGAGAUGUCCAUUUCAACAUGAAUGAAUUGGCCAAGCGUGCGGCCGAGUCCGUUGGCUCGACGCUCACCGAAUGCGCCCGGGUCGAAGAGUUCCCCGACGGGAUGUUCAACAAGGCGUUUCUGUUCACCAUGCAAGAUGAUACGCAAGUGGUGGAGAAGAUUCCCACCCCUAGCGCGGGGCGGGCUCAUUAUACCACCGCCAGUGAAGUGGCCACCAUGGAUUUUGUCCGAAAUCAUCUAGGGACCCCGGUACCCAGAGUGCUAGAUUGGAGCUCCAAAGCAAACAAGAAUCCCAUGGUUACAGGCGUCCAACUUAAGAAGAUCUGGCCCAGUUUAGACAUCAGGGAGAGAUUGGAAGUCGCAAAGUCAAUCUCCAAGUAUCAAAGGGCCUGGAUGUCCACAUCAUUCGUCCAAUAUGGAAGUUUAUACUACUCGUCCGAUCUGGAUUCUCCCGAUACAUGCGUGCCCACGAAAGAGAAUGGAUCUCAAAGCACAGGGCAUCGCUUUGCUGUCGGCCCAUCAACAGGUCGAGAGUUUCUGGAUGAUGGACGGGCCGCAUUGGAAUUCGAUCGAGGCCCAUGGAACAGUGUGGAACAAUACAAGUUAGCAGUUAGACAUCGCGAGAUCGCCUGUGUACAGAACAUGACUCAGCUACCCCAUUCGCCUCUGGCCCUCGAUGGUCCCGGCACAUAUCGCCCUUCUCGUACGAAAAAGAUUGCCGCUCUCCGUAACUACCUGCGUAUAUCGUCUGCUUUCUUGUGGCAUCCCGACCUCCACAAUGAGAAUAUCUUUGUACGCCCUGAACGGCCAUCAGAGGUAACGGCGAUUAUCGAUUGGCAGUCAAGUGAGAUCCUGCCACUGUUCGAUCAUGCCCGUCAGCCGUACUUUCUUGAUUAUGAUGGUCUGUCUGUGACCGGCUUGGAUCCGCCCACAUUCCCGGAAAAUUUUGAUCAACUUGAACCAGAAAAGCAAGCGGCAGCCAGAAACGAACGACUAUUCCGAGCCAUGGAAUUCCGCCAGACCCCUAGUUUCGAGAUGAUGUUGGCUCAGAUUAUGCUUGCUGCUGGCAACCCACCGCUCCCGUUACAGUUUACCGCAGGCGAGGCUCGUUCGAUUGAGGAAGAUGUCGCUGGCGCAUUCUGUCCUCUUCGGAGAGGGCGAGUGGACACACGAUCUCAGCCUUGGCUUGGUUCAGAAGCGUUUUCACCUGAUCAUAUUGGCCAGGUGAGACUACCCCUUUCUCAGGCCACAACUCACCCAUCGAUUCUCGCAAACUCCGCAUUAACUGUAUGGGUUGCUAGUUGUAUUCCUCUCUUAGUAGGAGCGAGCUAA